AAGGAAUACAACGUGGCAUGCGGAACCGAAUUUCGUUAAAAUUUGAAUUUUAAUUGAAAAGAAAAAUAAAUCUCUGCAACCCAAAUCGCUCACUCACUCCCCGUCGAUUUCGAUUCCCGCGAUCUCCAAAUUCCGGCGAGUUUGAUUCCGGCGACGAUUCAUUGGGUUUACUCUCUCUGUUCAGAUCAAUCUCCUCGCUUCGCUGUUCGUUCCUCCGUCUCCCCUGCUUCUGUGAAGCUGAAGGAGGAGGUUUUUUGGCAAUGCCGUGCAAGUUUCUGGCUCCAAUCCGUCGCUUCGCAGGAUAAGUGGCUUCGAUUUCACUCUAGAGUCAGGGAAGCCAGCCAUUGGUGGGUUGCUUACUUAAGUAUAAAUACGAUCAUUAAUUAUCUCUCGCCUGAGUUUCGCCGUUCUCUGCUUUCCGUCCUCUCCUGCGCGGUUCGGUGGUCAGAUUGCCCAGUUGAUGUAAUUAGAAUUAGUUCCUGAUAGUGCAGAUUUGCGUGGGGACAAUUUCUAUGCUCAAGCCAUAAAGGUUAUCCAAAGGUCCCCGGAAUUAUCCGAAAAUGGAGUUUAUUCUGUCCUCUGGCUCCAGUCGGGUCUUGAUACUUGGAUAGUAGUUAGCCGCUCCUGCUAGAAGUUGAAGGAGAUGGAACUUUCUGCUCUCUUAACAUCUGCUGGGAUUAAUGUUGCUGUGUGUGUGGUGCUCUCGUCACUUUAUUCCGUAUUGAGAAAACAGCCGGGCAACUUGAGUGUGUACUUUGGACGGAGGCUUACCCAUGUAUAUCCAACAAGGCCCAAUCAGCAUAUCUGCUUCCAGAGAUUUGUCCCUUCCCCCAGUUGGAUUGUGAAGGCAUGGGGGACGCCGGAAGCUGAAAUAUUAGCUGGCGCCGGUGUUGAUGCUGUAGUUUUCCUCAGGCUAAUUGUCUUCAGUCUCCGAAUCUUUGCAGUUGCUGCUUUUGUCGGUGUUGUUUUAGUUCUUCCGGUGAAUUAUUAUGGGCAAGCGAUGCGCCACAAGCAGAUCCAUAGUGAAUCUCUGGAGGUCUUUACCAUCGCAAAUGUCAAACAAGGAUCAAAGUGGCUUUGGACUCAUUGUCUGGCAUUGUACAUCAUAUCAUUCACAGCUUGCCUGCUUCUUUACUUUGAGUACAAGAGCAUAGCUAAAAUGAGGCUCGCACAUAUAAGAACAUCCCCUCCAAACCCAAGACAUUUUGCCGUGCUUGUCCGUGGUAUUCCUUGGUCCCCGGAUGAGUCAUACAGUGAUAAAGUGAAGAAAUUUUUCACAAAGUAUCAUGGUGCAAGCUAUUUGGGACAUCAAAUGGUAUAUGGGCGUGGUACAGUUCAAAAGUUGAUGGCUGACACAGAGAAGAUGUGCAAAGUAUUAAUAUCUGAUGACUUUGCUCGAACACCAAGUAUAUUACGAUCCGCUUUAUGCACUGGCCCAUCUUCAUCCAGUGCUUUUAGGAUUCUUUCUAAAGAACCAGAGAGCAUCCAUGGAAAGCCUCCAUUUAGUGAUCCAGCAAUUGCUUCAAAUGCAAAGGAAGUUCCAGCUGCAUUUGUCUUUUUCAAGACUCGCUAUGCUGCUGAUGUUGCUGCAGAGGUUCUUCUAUCAACUAAUCCCAUGUCGUGGGUGACUAACUAUGCUCCAGAGCCACACGAUGUGUAUUGGAAAAACCUCUCUAUUCCAUUUGCACAACUCUGGCUUCGAAAGAUAGCUAUUCUGCUCACUGCCAUUGGCUUCUCAGUUGUGUUUAUCGCACCUGUCACUUUUGUUCAAUCACUCACUGAACUAAAUCGUUUGCAACACAAAUUUCCCGCUCUCAGGGGACUCUUGGAAAAGAAUCAUAUGAAACAGAUUUUUACGGGUUACCUCCCAAGUGUGAUCUUGAUACUGUUCCUCUAUACUGUCCCUCCCACAAUGAUGCUGCUUGCAAGGAUUGAAGGGUCUAUAUCUCGUAGUGGAAGGAAAAAGAGCGCAUGCCACAAAGUUCUCUAUUUCAUGAUAUGGAAUGUGUUCUUUCUCAACAUUGUCGCGAAUAAUGUCAUUAAAUAUAUAGAAAAUACCCUGGCUAAAAAAGCCAAAGAUGUGCCUAAUGAACUUGCACAAACAGUACCAGCUCAGGCGACCUUUUUCAUGACAUAUGUUUUAACAUCAGGUUGGGCGAGUCUAUCAUCUGAGCUGAUGCAGCCAAUGAUGCUGAUAUGCAACUGGUUCAAAAGGGCCAUUCUGAGACGGAAGGAUGACUUGACUGCUUUUUCUUUUCCAUACCACACCGAAGUCCCGAGAGUGCUGCUCUUUGGAUUUCUUGGCUUCACUUUUUCCGUCCUCGCACCCUUAAUCCUGCCCUGCCUGCUGGUCUACUUCUUCCUCGCAUUUCUCGUGUAUCGGAACCAGAUCCUCAAUGUAUAUAUUACAAAGUACGAGAGUGGAGGGCAGCUUUGGCCUACUGUGCACAACACAACAAUCUUCUCUCUUGUUUUUAUGCAGUUGAUAGCUAUGUGUGUUUUCGGGCUGAAAAGAUCAAAAACAGCAGUUACUUUUACGUUUCUGCUGGUUAUUUGCACUAUCCUAUUCAACGAGUACUGCAGGCAGAGGUUUUAUCCUGUAUUUAAGAACACCGCUGCAGAGAUACUGAUUGAGAUGGACCAGGAAGACGAGCAGAGCGGGAGGAUGGAAGAGAUUCACCGGGACUUGCACAAGGCCUAUUUCCAGUUUACCUUGAUAUCCAAGCAGAUGGGGAGUUCCGAGCAUCUUUCUCCUCCCACCCCUCGGGAAGAGGAAAGCGUCGAAGCUCCAAUCGCGACAAGGCCAGGUUUGGUGCACCAGGGCAAAUGAAACCCAACUCUCCUUUCUUCAUACAGAAUUUAUUCGUUGGACUGAGCUGAGAUGUAAAAGCUCUGGGAGUUCCAUUUUUUUUGGGAUGGUCGUGGAAGUUAGAAGCAUUAGAACAUAGAGUAGGUUAUACAACGUAUGGUGCAGGAAAUUGUAUGAAUCGUUUGUGCUAAGAGGAAGUCCGGUGAUGUUACUGUACAGCAACGUGAAAUGUUAAUAUCACAGCAAUAUAUAUCUCAAGUUGGUUGAUU